CAUUGGCAACCAUCUCUCGGCCAAAUUCCCGCUGUGAGAUGGGCAGAAGCCACAAAAAAAAAUAUGGCACCAUACACUAAGAACUCUUACCCAAAAACAAAUUGCCAUAAAUUAUAAUUUAUAAAAAUUACAGGGAAAAAAAUAUAUUUGUCUGAGCGGUAUACCCGUGCCAUAGACAGGAACGAAUAAAUUAAUAAAUUUAGACUUAUCAAUCGACGGAGAGAGGAUGCAGAGCACUUACAGAGCUCAAUUUUAUGAGUAUCUAUUUGCGGAGCUCACAAUGGAGUUCCUCAACAUUUCAUGGAUUUUCAUGUUUAUAAUCGUGCUCAUUUCGGGCUUUCUCAUCGGAAAAUCAAGAAAAAAAUCGAGAUUGCCGCCUGGGCCAGCCCCAUUUCCCAUCAUUGGCAAUCUUCAUCUGAUAUCCCGGCUUCCCCACAGAUCUUUUUGCUCUCUUGCCCACAAAUAUGGCCCAAUUAUGACCCUCUACUUGGGCUCUUUACCAACAGUCAUAAUAUCAUCUCCAGAAAUGGCUAAGCAAGUGCUCAAAACACAGGACCAUGUAUUUGCAAGCCGUCCUCCCAUGGGGGAUGAAAACCAUAUUCUAAGCCCCCAGAAAAUUUCGGUGUCCCCAUAUGGUCCAUACUGGAAAUUCAUGCGCAAAUUCCUCACCAUGGAGCUGCUUUCCCCCAAUAGAUUGAAGUCCUUUGCUCCCCUGAGAGCCCAAGAAGUUUCGGCCAUGAUACGCUCUAUUCUACACAAAGCUACCAAAAAUGAUAACACCCCUGCUGUGGAUUUUUCCAGCGAAGUGGGUUUUCUCGCUAAUAAUACCAUUUGCAGGAUGUCAGUUGGGAAGAAAUGCACUAAAGGUGAUCUGGGUGGAAAAGAAUUCAAGGAAGUUUUGGAGGAUGUUCUUCCUCUUACCGGUGGCUUUCAGUACAGCGAUUACAUCCCUCUCUUGCGUUGGCUUGAUUUGCAAGGCAAUAGGCGAAGGCAAGCAGAGCUUACUGAGAUUUUUUUUGUGUUUCUGGGGCGAGUUGUGGAUGAACACAUUGAAAGAAGGAAGAAUUACAGUGCUUUGCAGUGUGAAGAUUUUGUUGAUCUGCUGCUUUCUUUGUCUGAAGAUGAAUCCAUGGAGAUCAAAAUUACAAGAGAACACAUCAAGAAAAUUGCUUUUGACUUAAUAUCUGCAACCACAGAUACUUCAGGGGGUACAUUGGAAUGGGCAAUGUCAGAAUUGCUUAGAAAUCCCUGGGCAAUGAGAAAAGCUCAACAGGAGCUUGAUUCUGUAGUUGGACUCAAUCACACGAUAGAAGAACCCGAUCUACCUCAUCUUCAGUAUCUGCAAUCAAUAGUGAAAGAAACAUUGCGACUUCACCCACCUGUCCCUCUUCUCCUUCCACAUCAGUCUAUGGAACACACCAUAAUAGAGGGGUAUCAUAUACCAGAGAACACUCAAGUUCUUGUGAAUGCUUGGGCGAUUGCAAGAGAUCCAACUGUUUGGGAAGAAGCCAAUGAAUUCAAACCUGAAAGAUUUUUGGGAAGCAAAAUUGAUGUAAAAGGUCAAGACUUUGAACUCAUACCAUUUGGUUCUGGCAGGAGAGGAUGCCCUGGAACUAAUUUGGGCUUGUCCCUUGUCCAGCUUGGCCUUGCACAGCUAUUACAUUGCUUCAAUUGGAGUCUUCCUCAAGGUAUAACUCCAGAGAACUUGGAUAUGUCAGAAGUAUAUGGAGUUACCAUGCCAAGGGCAGGUCAUCUCCUUGCCAUUCCAGCUCCCCGCCUUCCUCUGGAAUUCUACGAACCAAAACCCUAA